GCGACCUCAGAGUGCCUAUAGACGUCUCAGAUAAAAGUCUUGUGAGACAGACCGUGACAUGAUAGAGCAACAGAGUCCUAGCACAGGUGACGAACACCCACUCCGCAGCCGUUCACAAUUGCGAAGCGAAAGCCAGAACUGCGGGGUUAAAAUGGGUGCUAGAGAGAAAAGCUUAGAGCUACCCAAACACACCUCCAGACACUAGGAAAAGAGGGGAAGCUGACAAGGGGAGCCCCCCCCCCCCCAAAGAGACAAAACAAACCAACCACCCUAACCCUCAACCACGCUAACCUUCCCUCAACUAAACUCCAAACCAAACAAAAAUCCACGCAGCUUUACAGGGAAACAAAACAAACGACUCCGAAGGACGAAAGCCGAGGAGCUGAAGCGAGGGUGAGGCGAGCGGGUGUGCUGAUUUUCAGACUAACAGAAACUUGAGAAGUGAGAGUCUUUAAGCCUUUUUAUUAGCAGUACUACCUAGAUCGUUCGAUCCUUGCAUGAACAGAUACCAAAGGAAAAAACAGAAUACUCCGAAUGAUACCACGAGUUCUGGAGAAGCCAGCCUUUACCCUCCCGCCCGUCCUUCCAAGAACAAAACCCUAUUAAAGAAACCAGACUAACCCCCCCCAAAAAAAAAAGACACCCAAAUCCCUGCUGUCGUGGGCCGAGCCCGGCAGGAGAGCUCCAGCCGCGGGGGAGCUCUGCGGGAGGCCGAGGGGUUGGGGGUGGCCAGGGUCCGGCUGCAGCCCGCCGGGUGACGAUGUCGUUUCUCUCUCCCCUUCUCUCCUCCGGCAGAAGCUGGCGGUGCGGAGCUGCCCCGCGGCCGUGCUGGUGGGCAGCGGCGCCAGCAGCAGCGCCAAGCCCGGCGGCGUCCCGGCGCUCCUGAAGGCACCCGGCGGUGGUGGCGGGAGUCCCAGCAGCAGCCCCGGGCAGAACCUGGCUAUCUCCGUGCUGCCGGCCAAGGCUCCCAUCGCGAUGGUGACGGCGCACCUCAACGGCGGGCUGGGCUGCAGCGCCGCCAGCGUGGAGCCCCCGCAGAGCUCCCCCAUCAACCUGCAGACCACAGCCAAGACCGCAGGCUCCCGGCGGGCGCCGGAGCUCGGCUCCAACGCCCAGACUUUGGGAACUAUCACUGCAGUGCCCAUUAAGGUUCCUCAGGUCAGCUCCUUGCAGAGGUUGGCAGGACAAGGACCAGCAGUGCUACCUCAGGUUAGGCCAAAGACUCUGAUUCCAGACAGCCUCCCUAUCUCCCCGUGCAGAGACCAACCUUCCAAGCAGCCUCCUACCUUCCAGAAAGCAACUGUAGUCAGCAUAAAAAACCCCAGUCCUGCCCUCCCGACCGCCAAUAACACUGUCAGCCAUGUACAGACGCCUAACAGCCAGUCACAAAGUGUCACCGACUCCGCGGCUAUUUCGUCACCCCUGAGCAGUGCAGGUGUGGCCUACGCCAUCAUUUCCACCUCCCCCAACAAUGCAACUCCUAUCAGCACCAGCGCCACUGUCUCUGUGGUCAAUGACAGCAUUAAAGUGCAACCACUCCUCAUUAGUGCCGACAGCAAGGUUAUCAUUAUUCAGCCUCAAGUCCAAACCCAGACAGAAAAUAAAUUGGAGACAAAGAAACCUCCUGAAGAGUCAGCUCAGGGACCUCCUGCUACCAAAAAGAAAAAGGAGGAAAAUCCAGAGAAAAUUGCCUUCAUGGUGGCAUUAGGACUGGUUACAACAGAGCAUUUGGAAGAAAUCCAGAGCAAGCGUCAGGAAAGAAAGAGAAGAAGCACAGCAAACCCAGCCUAUAGUGGACUCCUGGAAACAGAGCGGAAACGCCUUGCAUCAAAUUAUCUGAAUAACCCCUUGUUCCUUUCAGCCAGAGCAAAUGAGGAUCCGUUCUGGAAGAAUGAGAUCCACCACGACGAGCACUGCACUGCAUGCAAGCGUGGCGUUAAUUUGCAGCCCUGUGGCACGUGUCCCAGAGCAUAUCACCUCAACUGCUUGGAUCCACCCCUCAAAACUGCCCCCAAAGGGGUUUGGGUCUGUCCAAAGUGCCAACAGAAGGUGUUAAAGAAAGAUGAUAAUGUGCCAUGGACUGGAACUCUGGCUAUUGUUCACUCCUAUGUUACUCAUAAAACAGUCAAAGAAGAGGAGAAGCGAAAGUUAUUAAAGAGAAGCAGUGAGCUGAAGAGUGAGCUCAGGCAGUUAGAAGAAAAAGAUCGGCGUCUCAACAACGCAGUGAAGAAAUGCUUAGAGCUAAAAACCAGCCUGUUGGCCCAGCAGAAAGGGACUCAGUCAUCACUGGAACGUCUCAAAACCCUCAUUAGACUGAUACAAAGCGAGCAGAUGAUUCAGGUUACCAUGACGACCACCACCACCUCCUCCCUGCUAACUGUCCCCUGGAUCAAACCCUCUCCUGCCUCUGCUGCCAUGCACAAAGCCUUGCAGCAAUCGCAGGGAAACAACUGACAGCAGCAGCUGCCUGAGAACGAAGGAGUGGGGAAGAAACUUUACACACAAGCGCAGAGGAGAGAUUAACCUGAAACAAAGGAGAGAAGGAAGGAGCAUAGAAACUUGCAAACCAAUCGGUCCAGUUUGUAGGUCACUGUGGCAGCAGGUUCCCACGGAGCGGGGCUUGUGCUGCGGUUUUGUACUUGCCAAGACCUUCAGUGCUUAUGAGAUUUGUUUUGUUAUGUUGGCCUUAAUGUACUGACGACUGAGAAUGCCCAGGACAAGAACGGCUGACAGGGAGCGGAACAGCCUUUUGUGGGGAGCAGACAGCUUUGCAGUGCUGCUUUAAGGCGAAAACGUUCAAUGCAAAGAGUUUAGUGAGCUAGUAGAGAAGUAGUUGGGCUGAAAGCUAUGUGUGAGAGGGAACUGGUGAGAUAACCGGGAACUACUUAGGACUAGAAAGGAAUUCUUACUGGAGGAAGAAGGCCGGCCCUGUUGAUUCAGGUGACCUGGAGAUGGGGCUGUUCUGACAAGAACAGUGUCACAGACACUCACAGAGCCUUGAAGUAAAAGAGCUUUUCUUUUUUCUUUUCCCAGUGUGAUGAGAGUUGAGAAUUGCAGCUAUUUAAACACAGAACCUGUAUGAAGCAUUUCUAGUCAGAUACUGAAGUAUUCCCACGCCAAUGCUUCUGUGUAUGCGGUCCCAAGUACUCACCAAAGUAUGACUGUGCAGCUGCUUCCUUCCUCGCAGGGCCUUUUCACUUGUUUUGCUCUCGGUGUCUUUCUCGCGCAGUUUGGUGCAGGACUUGGCAUUAACCCAUGACAGUGGAUAUCUUCAGCAGGUUGAGUUUCGAGUUCUCUAAAGAGAGAUUACUCCGGGGCUGUCUUUUUGCUUUGGUUUGUUUUGGUUUUCUGUUAGUUUUUGAAGGUUGUUUUUGUUUCCUAGGAAAGAAAAGAAAAAGUAAAUAAAUAUUCUGGGUUUUGUUUCUUGCCAGUACAGAUAAUAUGCCAAAAAAAGGAGAGAACUUUACACUUUUGUACUGCGGUUUUUAUUGUUGAAAGUCUGUCAUGUGAUUCUUUUCCUGUUAUCAUCAUCAUCUCUUUUGCUUGCAGAAACAUCUGCUGAAGUGGUACAGGAAAAAAAUACAAAACCUCAAGAGGUUGUCUCUCCUGCUGGACACUUUCAAGACUCGUGGGGGACAGGCCACAGACAAUACAAAGGGUUUCCUGGGGCUCUUUUUUGGGAAACCAGAUUCCUUUUUACCAUUUUGUUGUAUCUUAGUACAUUUGGGAAGUGUUUAGCAUUAGCCUGAGAACAAUCCCAGUGCCCCUGCUUGUUUCACUUCGCUAAGUCUUCCUGAUACUGCAAGGGUCCACCUGGCUCCCCCCCACCCCAUAGGCCACAGCCCCACCUUGUUACCCUGCGACCUGCCUGGGAAGGUAGCGAUGGCCAAGCCAGCGAUGCUCAGCACCUCACACGCACACUCACCCCUAGUGCCAUCGUCUCUGGCUUCUCUGAGUUGUCCGUCACUAGCACAAGAGAUACUUAGGGGCAGCAGGGAGCCACCAGAGCAGGAGACCAAGGAGUCCCUCUCCCGUCAGCCUAUGGCGUGGUGCCGAGUACCAUUCCUUUUGUAAAUGAUCAAACGAACCGAACCAAACCAAACCCCGACAGCAAGCGAGGGACCAGCCUGCCUCCAGCAGCAGCAGCAGCACGUGGUCCCUUCAACCAUGUCACAGCUCCGGGAGAAACUGUGCAGUACUUUACAGAGCUAUUUUAGUACACAACACUCAGCUGAACAAGAGUUUUUAUAUUCUUCUAUCGAUGAACAAAGUGAACUAAAGCAAGACACAAUUGUUAUGCGUUGGUGACUGUAUGCCGGUGAAGCAUUCUGACACGGCUUGCAAUGUAGAUGUUUUCAGGGUUAAUUGAGGACUUCAUUUUUUCUUUUUCUUUUUUUCUUCUCAGAUGAAUUUAAAAGGAAAAAAAGAACACACCACAGUGUGGGAGGUUGAAUAUGUGAAGAAUUUCUGAAGUGUCUUGGACUGUUAAAAGUAGUUAUUUUGAAAAGGGGACUGUCCAGUGGAUAGUGUGCAUAGAGAAAAAAAGUGUUUGUCUUAAAUAUGCCAAUGUAGUUUUACUUAUGAAGCAUUAAACUCGAUUGACAAUUUAA